AUGAAUCACGUAUCAACCGCAAAUGAGACGAACUUGUCGAUAAACGUGCACGCUACUCUGGAUCCUGUCAUCGAUUUCGCCAAAUACUCCAAUUGGCGGAAACUCGUUCGAAUUGUUGCAUACGUACUGCGAUUCCCUAUGAACAUUCGCAGUAGAUUACAGCACAGUACACAUAGAACCGGCGUCCUCAGUCAGUUGGAACUCACAGAAGCAGAUAAUUUAAUCUAUCGACAAGCACAACUGGAGGAAUUUAGUGAAGAAAUGUCAAUACUGAUGUGCUCCAGAAACAAUACUGGAGUUGGAGGAGCCCGAAUUCCAAAAAGCAGUUCCCUCUACAAUCUAUCACCCUUCCUCGAUGCAAAUGGGGUGCUGCGCAUGCGUGGGCGAAUAGCUGGUUGUCAAUACAUCGAACCAUCGGCUGCUCACACCAUCUUGCUGCCGAGGAGACACCCAGUUACAAUACUUGUCGUACAAUCUGUCCAUGAACGUGAUUUGAUGUCUACUCGUACAGCUUAG